AUGGAGUCUGCUUUUCUCACCUUUAUUCUUGUUAUUUCUUUUGCAGUGUUUCCCUCUCAGUCUAGCUUCACAGAUUGGGACGAUGUUGAACUUGUGGUGGCAAAAACGGGUACAACUAUCACUUUGGUCUGUGUUGAUACAACACUGAGGGGUGAUAUAAACAUGAACUGGAGGGUGAAGUCACUUAAUGACGAUAAUUGGAAACUACUUCUCACAGCCAGUGAAAGGGAAGGGUUCUCCGGUGGUGCCUCAAAGUUAUCCAUGCGCUUGAUUGACCCUAACUUUCAAGUCAGCGGGAAUUUCUCUCUGUCCUUUAUUCCCACAACGGAGGACUUUGGUCUCUACUCGUGCUUGAUAAGACAUCAAAAAGGAGAGAUGGAGAAGAUUAUCCUCUUGGCUAUCCUUACAGUAACCAUCGUCCCCGCUGCACCUAUUCCUCAGCAGAGCACCCUGCGUCUGUUUGCUAGUGUUAAUCCCGACAAUGCCAUCAGCAAGAUCACCUGGGCAGCACCAGGUGACAUUUUCAUGAAAAGUGAGAAAAAGUCAAGAGAAGGAACGGUGGCUAAACUGCCACAGGUCCAGACCAGUGACAACGGGCCCUAUGUCUGUAUGGUUCACCCUCAGGGUAGCAGCAGUAAACCUCUUUUCGCCUUCAAUGUGGACGUGACUGUUGAUGCUGACAAAGUGGUCUCAUUCACCGAUAUAACACAUGGCCCACUGAUCUCCACAGCAACCCAGGCUGAGACACUCUUCCACCUGACCUGUCCUAGUGUCCAGGGGGACUACGUCAUAAUACACUGGCAACCUCCAGACACUAAAAGGCAGAGUAUGAAGCUGGUGUUCCAGUAUGAUCGCUGGAGGGGUUCCACCUUGUCAACCGGACAAAGCAAGAAGUUCCAGCUGGCUGGCCUACCAUACAAUGCAGAGGAAGGGAGCUUCUCCUUUUCUAUAACACCUGGAUUAAAAGAUGGUGGGCUCUACAUCUGUGAUGUGUACCUCAAUGACAACACUAUCAGCCAGAGGACCGAGCUCAGCGUGCUGAAAGUUAAAACCAGCCAAAGCACCUCGAAGCUGGAGUUGAUGUGCCUCUACUCACAGCGGUCCCAGGUCAAAAGGGCCAUUUGGAAAUACCAGAAUGAGAGUCACCAGCUGCGCUUGUUAAGCAAAGGCCCUGGCAGCAUUAGCGCCAUCCUGCCCUUACCCAUCACCUCUGACACAGCCGGCAACUACACCUGCACCCUGCAGCUGAAAAAUGGGCAGACAUUCCAGGCAACGCAAGCUGUAACAUUGCCCUCUGAAGGUGGGAGGGAAGGUAUGAUUGACACUACCCCCCCUCCGCACCCGUGUCUCUCUGCUUUAUUACUCCUGGUGCCCCUGGUUGCUGUGGCUGUUGGUGUGUUGCUAUGGAGACGGAAACACAUUUCUGAUCGCAGUAUUGAUAGGUCCCUGUCUGUUCACUCAAGUGAAGCAGAGAACAUCUACGAGAAUCCUGAAGAUGUCAGACAGGCCCCUCCUCAGGGUUCAGUCUACAUGGAUUUAAAGCCAAGAGGAGAGGAUGAUGUCUAUAAGGAACUGGAGCGAUACGAGCAGUGUCAGAGCUGAUCACCUACCCACAUCUCAUCCUCAUCCAGCUGUCACAUCCACUCAGUUCCCAGCUGCAGCAGAAGGCCUUUAUAAACAAAUGUAACAAUUGAAUGUCAUAGUUGAGUCUUGAAAAAAAAAGUUUUUUUAAUGCUUCAGGGAAAUGAUAUGGUAUUAUUAAAUGAUGUUGUUUUCUUAUUGCUCUUUAUAAGUAUUACUGAUUUGCUUUGAUGUCAUGGUUUGGGGCCAUUUGGACGCAGCACUCUGACGCUUGAUUCGCAUUAAUAUGGUUUUGGGGCAGCACAUGGAAGAGAAGGAGACAGAACGUGUGUCCCAAAUAUGAGCAAUUAA